AGGGGAAAUGGCUGCCGAAAACAAGCCGGAAGGACUGAAGAAAGUUCGUAAUCCGGAUCGAAUGUACAGAUCAGCAGUGUGUUAUGCUGGCCAUGGUCCACCUAAGAGUAUCAGUGAUGACACAGAGACGAACAAUGAACAUGGACAUUUGAAAAUAUACCUGCCCAAGAAGCUGCUUGAAUGUCUACCAAAAUGCACCUCGCUGCCAAAGGAGAGACACCGGUGGAACACUAAUGAGAGACAUCCGUGCAGACGCCAUAAUGGUUUCCGUGUUUAUAUUGAACUCUGACCCCUGACCUCCUGCAUAAGCUUGGUAAUC